GGUACCAGUCUAGUGAAUGUGGGGCGCAUUGAUAACAAACAAGUGAGCACGCAUGUGUCUCUGGUUCUGGACUUCUGAUCUGCUGACAGAAGACUACUGGUAACUGGUCAGCGCACAAAUUGGUCGUGUCAUUAUGUCUGCUGAACUAGAGCAAGAUGCCCUCAAUCUUGCACAGCAAGCUGUCUGGUUUGACCAGCAGGGAAAAUUUGAUGCUGCGGCAUAUUUUUACUCGGAAGCAGCCAAGGUGUUGAAGGCAGCUGAGCAGGCUGGUUCGACCGCGCCUGGAAUCGCAACGAAGGCAUAUGAGUACCAGCAACGUGCGGGCAUGCUCAAACAGAUGUUGUUCCAGCCUAACCUGCAGCAACUGCAGGGAAGUGGCAAGCCGCAGCAUCAGUUGGACCUUGAACGGGCGCAGUUCCUACUGCUUCAGGCCUUCGACGAGGAUGAGGAGAACAACGUGGACGAUGCGGCAGAGCUGUACAUGCAGGCUGCAGAACUGUGCAUCAACGCGAGAAAGCAAACAGAAGACAAAGAAAUUCAGACAAAGCUCACAAGACUUGCCGAACAAGCGAUCGAACGAACCGAGGCCAUUAAAAAGGUGACCUCGGUGAGUACAGAGUCGGGUAAACUGGCUGCUGCAGGCCGGUCGAGCCCACGUCCUGGUCGCAGUCCUGUGGCCCCACGCAAGGUGCUACCCCAGUUAUUCGACAAGCAUGAGUUGGACAGCGACCAGAAUAGCCGGCAGACACCAGCCAACACCCAUCAGGGAAAGAGUGUCAGCAGUUCCUACACAAAGGAGGAAAUAGCAGUACUCAGACGAACUUCGUUGAUUAAUGGAAGGGAGUAUGUGCCAUUCAUGAUGGUUGACUUGAAGGAGCGGUUUGCAUUUCCUCUGCCUUUCUCGGAUAAGGAUGGGAAGUUGGCACUGUCACCGAAGCAGGUUUCGCGGUUCGCACGCUGGGUCCGACCGGAAGAUUUCAUACGUGACGAACCGAAGAUGAUCCAGAAGGUCGACUGCUUUAGUAUUAAACAAACAGUUGUCUCUGACUGCUCAUUCGUUGCCUCAGUUGCCAUUAGUGCCCUCUAUGAAAAGAGAUUCAAAAAGUCACUCAUCACAAGCAUUAUAUAUCCACAGAACAGAGCCGGUGUUCCGAUAUACAAUCCAUGUGGCAAAUAUAUGGUUAAGCUCAACAUAAAUGGUGUUCUAAGAAAGGUUGUGAUUGACGAUUAUUUGCCAAUGAGCAAAGAUGGUGACCUCAUGUGCUCCUUUUCCGUCUUGCGUAACGAACUCUGGGUCUCGUUGUUGGAGAAGGCUUACAUGAAAGUAAUGGGCGGCUACGACUUUCCUGGCUCCAACUCGAACAUCGACCUGCACUCUCUGACGGGAUGGAUACCUGAGCGCGUUGGCAUCCGAGUUAACGACAAGGACUUUAAUAAAGACAAGCUCUUCAAGAAAAUAUUAAAAAAGUUCCACAAUGGAGACGUUCUCAUCACGUUUGCAUCUAACAUGUUGCAGGUUCCAGAAUGGAGAUGUUCCAGAAUGGAGAUGUUCUUGUUACGUUUGCAUCUAACAUGUUGCAGGUUCCACAAUGGAGACGUCCUUAUCACAUUUGCAUCUAACAUGUUGCAGGUUCCACAAUGGAGAUGUUCCACAAUGGAGACGUCCUUAUCACAUUUGCAUCUAACAUGUUGCAGGUUCCACAAUGGAGAUGUUCUCAUCAGGGUUUGCAUCUACCAUGUUGCAGGUUCCACAAUGGAGAUGAUCUUAUCACAGAUGGGCCAGGCCACCGCUACAGACAUGUUGACAAAAAUGUUUCAGGGCCAGCAGCUGUUUAUGUUGAAGAACCCGUGGAACCACCUGCGAUGGAAGGGCAACUACUCGGAGCGUGACGCGCGUCACUGGACCCCCGAACUACAGAGGGCGCUCAACUACAACCCUAAAAGUGCCGAGCAGUUUGAUGAUGGCGUGUUCUGGAUAGAUUAUGACUCUGUUUGCCAGUUUUACGAGGUGGUGUACAUGAAUUGGAAUCCAGAUCUCUUUCAACAUACUUACUGCAUUCACAGCACGUGGAACGCGGGAAGCGGCCCCAUCAAGGACGCCUACAACAUAGGUGACAACCCGCAGUAUCGGCUGGAGGUGCAGGGCGCCGGCGCCGUGUGGGUGCUGCUCACGCGACACAUCACCGACAAGGACGACUUUGCGGAGAACAAAGAGUUCAUUGCUAUCGUCGUGUACAAGGGCGACGGCCGCCGCGUCUACUACCCGUACGAUCCGCCGCCUCACAUCGACGGCGUGCGCAUCAACUCGCCGCACUACCUGUGCAAGAUGAUAUCACAGCCGCCAGGGGGCAGCGCGUCCUCGCUCUACACGCUCGUCGUGUCCGAGUACGAGAAGAUGACGACAAUCCACUACACGCUGCGCGUCUAUGCCACCUGCCAGUUCAGCCUCCGCAAGAUCGUCGACAACUACAAGCAGAAACGAAAGGUUGAAGGUCGUUGGACAGCCAGGACUGCAGGAGGCUGCCUUAACAACAGGGAAACAUAUCGUAACAAUCCGAUCUACCAGGUGGCGCUGCGUGGUUCCGAGGAGAACAGCAUGCUUGUUGAUCUCAAGGGACCUAAGCAGUACAGCGUUGGAUUUGACGUCGGGUGUGUUAGCACAGACUACACGAAUAGCAAGAAUGUCUUCACGAAAAAAACGUCUGGAGAUUUUAGGUCAGGGUUUGCAGUUCUUCAGAUAGACAGCUUGCCGGCAGGCAUCUAUAACAUAACUCCGUGCACGUACCGCGCCGGUCAGGAAGGUCCCUUCAUACUCAGUGUGCAAGUAUCCUGCGAGUUCAAGCUCAGCCAGCUACAGUAGCAGUAGCUAGCUUGUGCUGUAAUGCUUGUUUGUUGGCUCAAACUGUAAGGUCUUUGCAUCUCUGUAACCUUGCAAGGUUUCUGGUACCGCGUUUGGAAUACCGUCAGCCAGAAAACAGAACAACGUUUGGUACCUGGCCUGGUUCAGUUAUGCUAUAUAGCAGAGAUCAUACAGCUUAUAAUCAGAAUUUUAUGUUUUUUAGUUUAUUGUAUGGUUUAAUGAACUUUUGCUACCAUGUGUCGUUUCUUUGCAGCUUUUCUUGCUUUGCAAUGUCGCUGAUUAGAUUUUAUAAAUCCGGUGAUUUAAACUGCAAGUCAAAUGUUUAGGAAAAAUCUGUGAUUAUAGGUUUCCAUAUGGAUGUAGACUUAUUUGUAUUUGUAAAUAACUUAUAUAUUAUAAAAUAAUAUAAAGUGUAAUAAAAAUGUCCUAUAUGAAUUAUCA